AUGAGUACACCGACCGUUAAACCUGUGGUGAUUGGUAGUUGUGUGAUAUGUGGUGAGGAAUCAACGGGUAAACACUACGGAGUUGUGGCAUGUCUUGGGUGUAAGACGUUCUUUCGAAGAGCAGUGGUGCAGCGACAAGAUAUAAAGUGUAAACGAAGUGAAUGCUGUCAGAUCGAUAAGGGUGCUCGUAAGGCAUGCAGGGCAUGUCGUUACAAGAAAUGCCUGGAGAUGGGUAUGACCAAGGAGGCAUUACAACCUCGGCGAGAUUUGAUCGGAUGUCGACGUUUCCGAUCCAAAGAGCAGUCAUCAUCGUCGAAUGAAUUGGCGCUGUCAAAUAAUUCCGACCGUUUGUCAGCAUCUUCGUUCGUCAGUAACAAUAACUUAUCGUUCGUCAAUAAUGAACUGGUCGAUUUAAUAUCUCAGUUGACGUUCGUGGAUCGUGAGAUACGAGAACGCAAGUUUGAAAUUAUCCGAGCGAAAAAUGAAGCGAAAAAAUUGGCAGAGAUGUUGAAACAAGGAAGUGGAGAGUCAGCACACGAUCGAAUGAUGAUAAUACUGGGCAAUGAUAUCGCGAACGUUACUCAGAUAGAUCUUUUAACGAUGAUGGAAUGGGCCAAAACUCUGCCGUGCUUCCCAGAUUUACCCUUAACAGAUCGAUUGAAUCUGUUGAAGCAGUUCGCAGUGCAUCAUUUAGUAUUGGAACAUGGGUAUUACACGGCGCAGUUUGGUGUGGAAGAUGUUUGGUUGAUAUCGAAUGGGACAUGUAUGCCGAGAAAUGUUAAUGAGCUGCCACAGGAAACGAAGGAUCUGAUAUCAGAAGAACGACGUUGGCGUCAGGAGAAGUUGUAUAAACAAAUGACUGAUUCGUGUAUCGAUGGGGUAGCGAAGCCGUUGAGAAGGUUACGUUUGAUGCCAGAGGAACUGGUGACGCUGAAGAUUAUUAUGCUGUUUCAAUGUGCGAAUUUCAUGAAUGGAGGGGGCUCGAAUCUGAGUGAAGAGACACGUAGACGUAUAACAGAGUACAGAGAUCGUGUCGUCACGGCUCUGUUCGCAUUCUAUCAAUCUAUCAAUUUUCCGGAUUAUGCCGAGCGUUUUGGAAAUGUGAUACUGAUAAUAUCAGGAAUUGUGUCAGCUGCGAGUGCUGUGAUAGAGAGUUAUCAAGUGAUGAGACUGUUCAAGAUCGUUGUGUUCGAUCGCAUCUCCGAGCAACUUUUAUUUCAUGGUGAUAAUUAGUAUUUUGUUUUAUUGAGUGUGUGAUGUAAUCACCAUUUAUUUCAUCUAUUCAUGCUUCUCUCAGGAGUUGUUCAUUAUUUGGUCGAUAACAUUUUUGUGAUACUUCAUUGCAUAUUCAAUCAUUGUUGAUAUUUUACUAUUGUGUAAUAUUAUUAUUGUAUAAUAAUAUUAUUAUUGUCAGUUUUUCCAAGUGUUCAGUUAUGUAUUUGAGUUUUUAAAAUGUUAUUUUUGUUCAUUUUGAAUGUUUGCUCAUCGCCUUUUAUAAAGAAGAUUCACAUGUCAAGCCUCAGAUUUUUUGAUUUUUAAAAUUUGAUUUGUUUACUUUUAGAUUUUGUCUGUAUCUGUAUGCGGCCAGCAUUUUAUGUUUUUAUCUGUUUGUUUUGAGAAGUUAUAUUUGUCGAAAGUAGACGAAAUGUUUUCGUUGUAAUUAUGUGGUUUCCGAGUGGGUCAAUUUAUAUCUUAACAUAUUUUUGUUGAAUAAACG